CUGCAUUGAGCAGUGGGAAGUCUCAGUGCCAGCGCGGAGAUGCUGCAGAGUCACAAUCCGCUCUGGUCGCCAGCAGGCAGUCAGCGAGGAAGCUGCAGCCGGGGAAAGCUGCUGAACCCUGCCCUGUACCCAGGUUGGUCCUGGCAUCGCCGCCUGCCGUAAACCCCCCUCCUCUCUCGCCCACCCCAGGUCCAGCUCGGAGCCACCGAUGCCAAGACUGAUGGCAUCUCUCACCGUCUCUGCUCUUGUGCUGUCAAUGCCGAAGUGUGAGGCUGGAUCCUUGCGGAAGGUGGGCUCGGAGGGAUGUCUGCUCGAGUGCCAGACUUCGCCCUGGCCUCGCCAGCUCUUCAGACGGCGGAAGCAGGCGAGGGCGGCGGUGGAGGCGGAGGAGGAACUGGCGGCGGCGUCGGCCAGAAUGGCUGGGCGCCCGGUACAGAUUCCCGAGGUCCGUAUCCAGCGGGAAUACAGCUUGAGCGUGGACACUCUGCACCAGCUGGCGGCCGGGAGCCCGGACGAGUCCGACGUGGAGAAGAGUAGCGAGAGCCUCGGGCCACCAGCCGGCGGUGGAGGAGGCUGCUGUCUGGGCGUGGAGCAACCCAACAUGUGGCGGACUUACAGCGACGGUAACCUGGCCCGCGGCGCCGCCCAGAGCCGCCCCUUCUCCUCCGGACAGCGGCUGGGCAGCAAGCCCAAGACGGAGAGCGGCUGGAGCCUGCCCUCGCCCAAGACCCUGCGCAAGGAGCGGGCGUUGGGCCGAGUGGCCGCUGCCAAGGAGCACCUGCGAUCCCUCUUCACCGGGUCCCGCAAGCACCUGGCGUCCAGCGGGGAGUCGGACCUGGGGGCGGACAGCACCGACAUCGACAGCCACAUCCGGACGAAAAAAUCCCAGGGCUACCGUUUGGGGUUCCUGCAGUGGUGGGGCGACUCUGGUGGGCUGAGCGAGCUGGACUCCCUGAGGCCUACGCGCGAGGAGGCGGAGCAGUGGGCCAAGUCCCUGGAUGCCCUGCUAACCCAUCGAUACGGGCUGAUUGCAUUCAAGGGCUUCCUGCACACCGAGUUCAGCGAGGAGAACAUUGACUUCUGGCAGGCUUGUGAGGAUUACCGGAAUACCAAGUCCGCGGGCAAACUUGCAGCCAAGGCUAGGAACAUCUUUGCCGAGUUUGUCACCAUCCACGCCCCACGAGAGGUCAACCUCGACUCACGCACGCGGGAAGCGACAUCGAGCGGCGUUCUGGCCCCCACCCGCUCCACCUUCGACCUGGCGCAGAAGCGGAUCUUCAGCCUGAUGGAGACGGAUUCCUACCCCCGCUUCCUGCGCUCCGAAUUCUACCGCAAGUUGGCCGGCACCAAGCAGCUCAACGGCCUGGCGUAGU